AUGUCCAUUUGUAUAUCUGUGUAUCCAGAUGUCCUCCAAACGAUUGCUGCUCUUCAAGCAUGUCCAACAUCUUGUAUUCCAUCUACUUCCACCGCAAUGCUCUCCCCAAAUCUUCCAUUCCCAGCGACAAUUCCCAGUGUGAAUUUGUUCCCGCCUCCUGCUCCAAUUCCUGCUCCGACAUAUUCUGUACAGCAAUUCAUUCCAAACACGUCACUCCUUCAAGCCACAACCGUCGAAGCCCUUGCCAACCUCUUCGCCACCACCAGCCGUCGAGCAUCUUGUCCCGAGCCCCCUGCUACGUCACAAGCUACAGUAACCCUGCAGGUACCUGCUACAGGGUCACCUGAGCGGAGGAGAUACUCGGAGACGAAUAUGGAGAUGUUGAUUCGAGAGCAACUGGCUCAGAUUAUGCCGUCGACCGCUCAGCUACCCGGAAUGCCUGGCUGCUACUAUCAGCAUGUGCCACCGGUUUCGUCGGCGGGACCUGUAACUUCUGGAGGAAUUGGAUUACAGAGUGCUCUGGAGCAGGCGAGAAUUGGAGUUGCUAAUAAUAUUGCGAAUCAUUUGAGUAACAAUCGGAGAGCAGCAAAUCAUCGGAAAGCGAGAACAAUCUACGGCACGACUCAAACUCAACAACUCGAAGACAUGUUCCGUGGACAGAUGUACGUCGUCGGUGCAGAGCGUGAAAACCUUGCUCAUCGCUUGGGUCUGUCGCCGUCUCAAGUGAGAAUCUGGUUCCAAAAUCGACGAAGUAAACAUAGAAGAAAGCAGCAGGAAGAGCAGCUAAGCACACCUCCAAUGGAUAAAGAGAUUGAGGAGAAAGAGAGAGAAGAAGAGGAUGAAAUGGAUGAUGAUGGGGAUGAUGUGAAGGUGUUGAAUUAA